AAUAUUAUGUUCUCUCUCACAUUAUGGAACAUUUAUGUUAAAGCAUUUUAUUUGGUUCCUUUAGGUCAUUCUGUAGCACGGUUGGUGUUCUUGUAUGUCGGGGCGAUGGGGAAGGAGAAGCUCCAUUUAAGCAUUGUGGUAAUUGGACAUGUGGACUCUGGGAAGUCCACCACCACUGGUCACCUCAUCUACAAAUGUGGCGGCAUUGACAAGAGAAUGAUUGAAAAAUAUGAGAAGGAAGCUGCUCGGAUGGGAAAAGCAUCUUUCAAAUAUGCCUGGGUUUUGGACAAACUGAAGGUGGAGCGUGAGCGCGGUAUCACCAUUGACAUCUCUCUUUGGAAGUUUGAAACGAAAAAAUAUUACAUAAGCAUCAUCGAUGCUCCAGGACACCGGGACUUCAUAAAGAAUAUGAUUACUGGAACCUCACAGGCGGACUGUGCUAUACUGAUGAUUGAUGCAGGUGUGGGCGAGUUUGAAGUAGGCAUCUCAGAACACGGGCAGACUCGGGAACACACCCUCCUCGCCUAUACCCUGGGAGUGAAGCAGCUCAUUGUGGCAGUCAACAAGAUGGAUUGCACCGUACCCAUCUACAGCCAGAAGCGCUACGAGGAGAUUGUUGAGGAAGUCGGCUCUUACAUCAAGAAGGUUGGCUAUAAACUUGAGAUGGUGGCUUUUGUGCCCAUCUCCGGCUGGAUUGGGGACAACAUGCUGGAAGCGAGCCCAAAUAUGAGCUGGUUCCAAGGUUGGACGAUCAACUGUAAAGAUGGUAAAGUCUCAGGCACCACGCUGCUGGAGGCUUUGGACACCAUGCAGCCUCCAGCACGGCCCACUCACAAGCCCCUCCGCCUCCCCCUGCAGGACGUCUUUAAGAUCGGAGGCAUUGGAACCGUACCUGUGGGCCGGGUUGAGACAGGAAUCCUAAAGCCUGGCAUGGCGGUGACCAUUGCCCCUGUCAAUGUGACCAGUGAGGUCAAGUCUGUGGAAAUGCACCAUGAGUCUGUGGCCGAGGCACUGCCUGGAGACAACGUGGGCUUUAAUAUCAAGAAUGUGUCCAUUAAGGAGAUUCGCCGUGGCCACGUGGCUGGAGACAGCAUUAACGACCCGCCACAGGAAGCCGCCAGCUUCACUUCGCAGAUGAUUGUGUUGGACCAUCCUAGUCAGAUCCAUGCUGGCUACUCCCCUGUACUCGACUGCCACACUGCACACAUAACGUGCAGGAUCUCAGAGCUCAAGGAAAGGAUCGACCGCCGCUCCUGGAAGACCCUUGAGAACAACCCUAAAUCCAUCAAGUCUGGAGAUGCUGCUCUCGUGGAGAUUGUCCCUCGAAAGCCCAUGUGUGUGGAGAGUUUCGUUGAUUAUCCGCCACUGGGGCGCUUUGCAGUUCGGGACAUGACUCGGACUGUGGCCGUGGGCGUCAUUAAAGCUGUGGAAAAGAGGACCAGCAGCAAGAUGAACAAGUCUGCACAGAAGGAUAAGACCAAAUGAAGAUGGGCCUGAGCUGCUGCUGUAGACCAAACUAAA